AUGCUCCAGCAGCUGUACCCAGUCUUGGAUGGGCUUGUAACUCUGGCAUUUCGCCGGGAGGAUGACAGUGGAUUCCGUAAGCACCAUGUUGAAGCCAACUUUGAUGUCUCGUACGGAUCGAGGGCCCGUCCUAUCCCGGCAAUAACUUUCGCGUCGACCGCUUCAACUGAUAGGUGUGUAGAGGUGGAGAGGGGAACAAACCGCGAGUUCAAACCCGGCAAGUUCCCAUAUCGAUGGAAAUGUCUGGAGCUCACGAGCAGGGACGGGGUCGCCCAUCACCGUACUUUGACAGGCGUGUGUCUCGGGAAGACCUCACUCAGAGUCGAACGUGAAGCACAAAUUGCGACCUUGUGCGUUGAAUGUGGAGGCUCUGUAUCUGCCGUAGCUGUACCCCGUAAGUAG